AUGUCUAACUCCAAGAUAAUGCGACGCUUCCGGACUUCGUCCGUGGGGAGAAACCUGUUUGGCAUUUGGCAAGCUCUAUUCGCACUCAUCGUCUUCUUGAUCUUCGUCUCGACAUGGCUCGUACAGGGAGGGACUAUCGAUAUGCCCGACUGGACGAAAGAUCUUCGAAAGUAUGAUGGCGACGAGUGGGAUCGAUACGCGGCCAUAUUAAUCGUAGCUACCUCCGUCUUCUUCACACUCACAAUUGUCACUGGCGUGGCUCUUCUUCGAUCAGAGCAGCGAGGUUAG